AUGCCGGACAAGCGCCUUCGAGGCUCGACUGAAUACUCAAGCCACCCUCCAACAGUCCGAGCUCGAGCCCGUCUCGAGAAGCUGCCCGAGGAGAAGCGUCGCUUCGAGCAAGCCAAGAACAGGGAGUACAACGCCAUGUGGCAGUCAUGCACUCGCAUCUCCCGCCGUGAGGACUACCGGCUCGCAUCUCUCGAAGGUCGACGAAACAUGCUGGUGUCAAAUCUUCGAGCAGUCAUGGAUAAGCGUCGCCAGAGUGGCAAGUUGAUUUGCGGCGUCGACGCAGAAGUCAUGGUUAAGCGCCACCUUCGCAAGGAAGCCGCUCUACGUGCCGCCCAAGACGGCUCUAGACACGUCCCCAUCGGCCUCCAAGGUGUUUCCGUCGAGGCCCGACUUGAUCAUCUUGACACAGAGCUACCUCUCACCUCAGACAACUGGCUUGAAUCGGAGGGAGGCCAGAGUUCCGACGCACAUUCCAACAUGUUUGAGCACCACCCCGUCCUUGGUGACUAUGUGGACGACACGGAUGUCGCUCAGCUCCAAGACCAGCUCGCAGACACGGAGCGAGGCAUGCGGGAGCUGAUGAGAGUCCAGAUCCACCUCACCCGCGUGGCCGACCAGACACUCUCCGUCGUCUCGACGCUGGCAGAGAGCAACCGCCGCCUGGAUGCCAAGCUGGAGUACGUGAUCCAGUUCCUCCAGCACCCGCCUCCUGGUCCUUCUCGAGUCGCCAUGCCCCACCACUCGUCGGCGGGCUUCACUGCCCCUCACAACGUGCCCAUGGCCCCUGCGAUGCAGCAGCCUAUCCAGCCUAUCCAGGCGGUCCAGCCUGAAGGUUUCCGUCCCAUGAGCAGCUUCGAUCCCAAGUCGCUGCCCGAGCAGCGGCCUCAGCAGAUGGAGCAGCAAGCCACGCAAUACAUUCCUGAAAUGGCAAGUAUUUAA